CCGGUGAUCGGUCUUCAGUGAAAGUCACUCCGCGAGAGCCGCGGUCAGUUAUCCAGCGUCGAACAGUCCACCCAGCGGCACGGACCGGUGUUUUACAAUGCUCAGAGGUGAGUGGCCCGGGGUGGUGCGCGGACCCGACUGACCUGUCUGGCACCGACGGCACGCGACUGGUGACGUCACCGGGCACGUGCCGGUGGAAAUAGAUAGACGGCGGUAUCUGUCGGUCGCACGGGUGGCGGCUGAGUGGUCACGUUUCCGCGGAGUGGGUGGAUACUGUGAGGGAAGACACGGCUUCAGUUGCCACGUCUUCGGUCGGGUUGGAAGGGAUUGUUGGCACCGUAUCUCAAGGCAAUAACAGCAAAGGUGCCGUUCAGCAACUGAGGAUGCAGUCGCCGUGUCCGUUCCUGCGCAUGUUCCCGGCCCGCUACCUGCAGUCGUACGGGGGCCGGCUGGCGGCCACCUACGGAGCCAACUGCCCAGUGCUGGCUCGUCAUGUCUCAAGCGCUGCUACGGCGCCCGAGCACGCGGCGGGCGCCAUCUCCAAAUGUCCGUUCCUGAAGGACCAGACGGCGGCGGCGGCUCUGAAGGAGACCACCGUGGACGCCUACAGUGACACCAUCUCCGUCUCUGAGCCGUUCGACUACGAGGGCUUCUUCCGCGACCAGAUCCGCAAGAAGAAGGAGGACCACUCGUACCGCAUCUUCAAGAAGGUGCUGCGCAGCGCCGACCAAUUCCCGGCAGCCGCCGAGUUCUCCCGCGGACGGCGCGAUGUGACUGUGUGGUGCAGCAACGACUACCUGGGAAUGUCUCGACACCCGGCUGUCAUCGGCGCUGUGAGCCAGUCGCUGAAGGAGCACGGCGCCGGCGCCGGCGGCACCCGCAACAUCUCCGGCAACACGCUCUUCCACGAGGAGCUCGAGGCAGAGCUGGCCGACCUCUACCAGAAGACGGGCGCGCUCCUCUUCACCUCGUGCUACGUGGCCAACGAUACCACCCUCUUUACACUGGCUCGGUCACUGCCUGGAUGUCAGAUUCUCUCGGACGCCGGCAACCACGCGUCCAUGAUCCAGGGUAUCCGUAACUCGGGCGCCGAGAAGUUCAUCUUCCGCCACAACAGCCCCGAGCAUCUGGAGGAACUGCUGUCCAAACUAGACCCGGCCCGUCCCAAGAUCGUGGCCUUCGAGACGGUGCACUCCAUGACUGGGGCCGUCUGCCCCCUGGAGACGCUCUGUGAUGUGGCGCACAAGUACGGCGCCCUGACCUUUGUGGACGAGGUGCACGCGGUGGGCCUGUACGGUCAGAACGGGGCCGGAAUCGGCGAGAGGGACCAAGUCCUCGACAAGAUGGAUAUAAUCUCCGGAACUCUAGGAAAAGCUUACGGCAACAUCGGCGGUUUCAUCGCGGCCUCAGCCUCGCUGGUGGACGUGAUCCGCAGCUACGGCAGCGGCUUCAUCUUUACCACCUCUCUGCCACCGACCGUGUGCGCCGGCGCGCUGGCGGCCGUCCGACUCCUGAGGAGCGACGAGGGGCGCCGGCUGAGGGCCACGCAUCAGGAUAACGUGAAGCUGCUGCGUGACCUACUGAACGACGCCGGAGUGCCGGUAGAACACUGUCCGAGCCACAUCAUUCCGGUACACGUCGGCAACCCGCUGGUCUCCAACCGGCUGUCGGACCGACUGCUGGCCGAGAGAGGACACUACGUACAGGCCAUCAACUACCCGACGGUGCCACGCGGUCAGGAGAAGCUGCGUAUCGCGCCCACUCCGCACCACACUCCAGAGAUGAUCUCCGCCUUCGCCGCCGACCUGGUGGCCAUCUGGCGCGAGGAGGGUCUGCCGCUGCGUCCGCCGAGCGCCGCCUGCGAGCACGAGUGUCUCUACUGCCACCGCCCGCUGGAGUUUGAGCGCGCCGGGUGCCGGGUGCGCGCAGGGGACGGCUGCCCGGAGCCGCGCUGUCCCCAACUGGCGGCCGCCCAGUAGAGGUGCAGCAGAGACCGGGUGCCGCCAGUGCGGCCGGCGGCGGGCAGGCGACCAGCUGAUAGUGAGGUUGUACGGAACAGGGAACAAAAUCGGGUACCUGUGAAUGUAACUCGUUUCGGUGAUACUGUCUGAUUUUAUGCGAUGUUUCGCUGUACUUUUAUGAAUAAUUAAUAACGAGUCAUUAAUUGCACUGCGCUUUUAUGAUGAAUUAUGAAUUUCUUGAAUUAUUGAUUAUGAAUUUUAUUAUGGAAUGCCAAAGCUUCAAGUAUUUAUUUAUUCUUGUUCGUUUUCGGUGUCGUUUUUCUGAAUGUAUGUGUUAGAUGUAGCGCCCAUCGGUCGAUCAAAAACUGCGGUCUGCCCCGCGCUGUACCCCGUCGGCCUGUCGCGGGCGGCGCCCGAACCGACCCCUGCCCGGAACACGACCAUGACCACUGGACUGGAUGUGAACACCGACAGAUCUAUCUAGUGACGGGAACUCUAUGUUUGAUGUAACCUCUAAACUUGCCCGAGGGGCGCCUGAAGAAACAAACAGCUGUGGCAGAGCUGUAGCAGUCAGAAGCGGGGUUGAAGGUUGUGGCAACUGCGUCAACUUUUCCCUGGGUGAUACAAAUUGUGGUGACAACUAGGUAUGCUUGUGAUCGAAAUAUACCUAUAUGACGCACUACGCACGGUAAAA